UGAUGCCGUAUUAAUUUUUCGGAGAGCUACUAGCGGUGGGCUCUACACUUUGAAACUUGUGUGGGGGGGAGGCAGUCAGGGCUGUCAGGGUAAGCCCUAACUGGGAUCUGAUAAGAUAUUGGGACGAUAAGAGAGACCACACAACUGCAAAGAGCCUCAGCUCUGAGAGUGAAAUCGGAUCCUGCAUGCGCAGUGGGAACAUAUUCUAGUAGAAUUAAUUACCGAAAUGAAAUUCCACUCCCUGUUCAUCAUGAUUGUUAGGUCGUUUUUAUUUUCCAAUUGCUUGAGUCCUCAAGAACCCAACAGUCUGUUUAGACUACCUCACUGGGCCUUGACUUAUCAAGUACUCUGGAUAUGACGUCAACCCUACCUUCCCCCGCCGAACACCCAGAGCCAAUUCCAUAGUAAGUCAGGUUUAUAUCGACAUCUCAAGAUUCUCACCUCUGUCAGAGUUUCAGCCUGGUAGAAGCAUUUCAAUCGAUACCAGGGAAAUGGCUUUCAAAGUUUGGCUCCCGCCCAAGAUCUCCGCCAGGGUCCGCUAAUGCAGAUAUCACAAUAUUAUAGACUCUAUCCGCAAAGAGCGCUGCAGCCCUAGACAAAGAACUGAUGAGCACGGGAGCCUUUUCCAUCGACCAGCUCAUGGAAUUGGCUGGGUAAGCCGUAACCUCAAAUACCUACCUAUACUUUAAGGCCUCUGACAUUUUGAGCUUAGGUUAUCUGUAUCUCAAGCUGGUAUUCUCGCUAAUAAGCUUUGAAAUUUGGGAAGGCUAACAACCCCUCAAAGUCUACAGACUUCACCCUCCAAACGGAGGGAGAAAGAUCCUUAUUGCUUGCGGACCGUAAGUCUUACUCCCGGGUUAGCGUAACGAAAGCUAAUGUGUACGGUAGCGGAAAUAAUGGUUCCCUUCCAUCCAGGAAACCGGGAAACCACCCAAAAGCUGACAAUUUGCAGGUGGCGACGGUCUGGUAGCUGCACGCCAUCUUUGGCAUUACAAUUACCAACCAACUGUCUACUACCCCAAGCAAUCCAAAAACGAACUCUACCAACGACUGGCAACACAACUAAAGAACCUUGGUGUGCCCUUCACCGAAGACUUUGAUGGGGCCUUAAAAGAGACAAGCCAUGUUAUCGACGCCAUCUUUGGUAUAUUCACUCAACCGGUAUUUCGGGCCACCGCUAAUGGUUCCACAGGAUUUAGUUUUUCGGGAGAAGUCCGAGAACCUUUCCCGGCGGUAAUCAGGGCUCUGAAGGAAACCACUAUUCCGGUGACCUCCGUCGAUGCACCUUCUUCGUGGGAUAUCGAGAACGGGCCUCCAAGUGAAGGGCCUGGAAAGGGCUUUUAUCCAACCGCUCUAGUGAGUUUAACGGCACCGAAGCCGUUGGCAAAGUUCUUUCAUGGCAGACAUUUCCUGGGCGGAAGGUAUAUUUCUCGGCAUUUGCUUCACUUUGCAUUUUUCUGACAUCCCUCAGGUUUGUUUCACCUGAUAUCGCCCAAAAAUAUGAUCUCGAACUACCAGAAUAUGAUGGGAUUGAUCAAAUUGUGGAGCUUGAUCCCAAGACGGGGAAAAAGCUAAAACUCUAAUUUAGAGAUGCAUUACCGUUUAUAUUCGGUUCUACUCUGACAAUAUUACAUGACGAUCUGCCCGCAGAUACCUGAGCUCUAUUGAUAUCACUGUGCAAGGCCUUGUGUUGGGCUCCUCUUUUCGGUAGAUCUUGGUAACAUUCCAAUUGAGUUUUCAUGAGCCCCAAGGGCACAGUCACGUGUAGGCACCAGCCACCUGACAACCAAACCCCAGUUUUGCUGUCAUCGCCUAGCCCGAAGACGGAAUUCUCCAUUUUUCUUCCCCUUCAAUUUCAACAUCGUCCUCUCUUGACGCUUCUUGCUCAACUUCUGAACAGUUAUUUCCUAGAAUAGACUGCGAGUAGUUUUAUCGCGCAUGAAUUCUUCCAUUCCAGCCAAUCAGCGCUGUUAGAACUUUGCUUCCUACUCUAUUUUAUUUUGCCCUUACGAUUCCUCAUAUCAUAAGUCAGCUAAAGGGAAACCCUAACCUGGUUCAAGAACAACUGUGCCCGCCUUCAGUUCCACGCCGCCCCUCCCCUUCCUGUCCCCCCCUCUCCUACUGCUGCUGUUCGAUCGCUCCUUCCUCCAUUUAUGCGCCCUGCCCACUGAUAUCCCCCACUCAACCGUCAUCACAACACCCGUUGCAGCUGCCACCGUGUGCAUCCAAUCAUGGCCUCCUCCGCAUGUACUUCCUCCUUCUCCCACAUCUCUCUCGUUCCAUUCCAUUCCCUCCCGUUUCUCUCUCUUUCCUCCCAGCAAUCUGUGUUCCCACAGUUCCGAUGCCUAUACAUCCUUCGGUAUUUGUUCGCGCUGACAGUAUCUUGAAUUAUUAGUGUCCGAUGAAGAUGUUUCGACGGUAAUCACCCACUCUUUCCAAUUCGGCUGGCGGGCUGUUACUAGUGUGUGAUGAGUUGCCUAACAUUAAGCGUUUUCCGCUGUUGCUGCUAUCAGUUUAUACCGAUUAUCGAUGCCAUCCUCUUUGAUUCUGACCUAACAACUGUCUCGGUCAAAAAAGUCCGUAACGGUCUACAAACUAAAGUUGGCUACGAUGUUACUUUCCAAAAGGUCCGAAUUGACCCCCGCUACCGCAUUAGUCACGCACUUGCUGACUCUUGAAUACAGAAGCAAAUUGACCUCUUAAUCGCUGAUCGCUUCGAGAACGUACUCGCUCAACGGGAGUUCGACAACGGUGUUAAACAGGAGGAGGAUGCUGAAGGGGAAGGCGAAGACGAGUACGAGCAGGAAGUCAAGGAGGAGGUUUCCGAAGAUAGUUUCUCUACCGCAGGAGACUUUGGGAAUGCCGUUAAACAUGAGUACUCGGUCACUCCCUCUAAGAGGAGCAAGUCCGUCGUUGAUGAGGACGCAAGACUAGCUGCUGAGCUUCACGCUCAAUGGAAUAGCGGUCGCCCUUCUAGGUCCACCAAGAAGAAGCCGGUGAAACCCGCCCCGAAGGUCCGCAAAUCUAAGAAGAGCGACGUGAAAGUCAAUUCUGAUGGCUCCGGCGGAGAGAGGCCAACAAAAAAGAAGAGAAAGGCUAAUCCCAAUAGCCCUUUCAUGGUAUGAGCUCCGGCCUAUUUAUAGCUCACUUCUAACCUCCCGCAGGCUCCAUUGAUUCUCUCGGAACCCCUAUCAAGUCUCUUGGGCGAGACCAUGGUAUCUAUCUUACCACCCCCCCCCUUCUCGCAAGAUGCUCUCCCAAGCUAACGAUCCCCAAGCUCUCGCGUCCGGAAACAGUAAAACGCAUUUGGGCAUACGUCAAGGAGCGCAAUCUUCAGGACCCUGAAGAUAAGCGUUAUAUUAUUUGCGAUGACUCCAUGAAGCCAAUCUUUGGUAACAAAAUACACAUGUUGUAAGUCGGGUUCUAUACAAAUACCGGACUAGCAAACUCUCUAACUUAUCGCAAAUAGUACUAUGAACAAGGUGCUUGCCCAGAACAUGUAUAAACCAGAGGAGAAAAUAUAACAUCAUGUCGUCACUCUCGGGUGUUUCGCGGUCUACGUUAAUAGUGGAAAACUGUACAAGGGUCUUGAUGUAUCAACAACCUUUCUCUUUUUACUCUUCCCUUCCCUUAAGUUGUGGUCCUCGGGAUUUUUUUUGAUUUUUUAUUAACUUCUUCGGUUUGUCUCUUUUUGCGGUUCAAUCUGACCGGGCUCUUUCUACUAGCGUUUUUUUGCUUUGGAUCUGGGAACUGGAGCUAUUAGGUUAUUGGGGGUAUUCCUUUUUUGUCUUUUUAUGAUUCUGCCUCGUGGUAAUUUCCUUUCCUCUUUCCAUUUCUUCCGCUUUCAGGAGAGUGUGUGGGGACGGGGGCCGGAGGUAGGUGCUAUUAGAACGCGGAGUUGCAGGUGGCACCCUGUUCGAUUUAUAUGGCAUGAUUGACCGAGUGGCCGGAUAGAUGGAUGGCUUUGAUAUAUAUAUAUAUGGGAUACCAUCACUUUUAGGAUGCUUGUUGCCCUAGCAGAGAAUGGUACUGCUUGGGCGUAUAAGUCAUGUUUUGUGAAUAGACCGUCGAAUAUCUAUCUCGACAGUACUGUAGCAGAGUUAAUCCAAUAUAAUUUUACGGAAUCGGUCUGUUUAUGUCUCAGCUAGAGCUGA